AUGCCGGUUGACAACACAACUGUCAUCUCCAAACCAGAGCCUGAAUUUUUAGCUUUGACGCCUGGUAAAAAAUUCGUCAAAGAAGCCUGGCCUCAAGCACUUCUAGCGCAUGAGAUAAAUCACGAGGCAUACACUCGCAUAAAAAACAAGGUAGUCAUUCGGCCAGACCUUCGCCUCGACAAAGCGAAUUCUACCGUUUUCUUAAAGCUCGCUGAAAUUCAGUCAGCCCUGGGAAUAGCCUUGGUCCCAUACUGGUAUUGGCCGCAACGUCUCUACCUCGAAAGGAAAGAGGAUUUCCAGGGGACACGUGUUUGGGCCGAGGAAAACCCCUCAACCACAUGGUAUCUACUCCUCGAGGACAUUUUCAAAAUAAUGCAGCGACUAGACGUCCUGCAUAGUCCGAGGACGUUGUUCUCUCACCUCUCCGCCAAGCACGGAGAGGACAUAAAUUUCUUCGCUAUCGAAUCCGGGACAGCUACUAUCACCUAUCUAAAGCCGAUAGAGAUAGUGAUACAACUCGCGACACCCUCGCGGAAAUUACAAAGUCCUACUUACCACAUGUUUGGACGCUUCUACAGCCAAAAAUGGUAG